CAUAACGUAAACAAAUAUUUGCUUUCGUGAUCGUUUGCUCGUGAAAAUAAUUAUAAUUUACAUAUAAAACUAUUUUAUACUGAUACGAAUAUGUCGUCGUUCCUUUGCUUCAUAUGCCACAGCACGGUCAACAACGAUACAAAUGAAGAAACGCGGGAAAAAUACAAAGAAAUUAUUGGUAUUUAUUUGUGUUUGGACUCUCAUCUCUGCUACAUUUGCUGUCACAUAGUCAAUAAACUGUGGCUGUUCAAAUCUGUCUGCCUCAAACGGAGUCUGGAAUACCCCAUGUUGUUCAGUGAAAAGGGAACAUUAAAUCUACAGAAAACAGAGCUGGUGGUCCAAACCAUCUGUCUGGAGGAAACCUGCAACCAGUAUGGCAACAGAAAUAUCAAUUCGAAGACCCACCACAUUCAGUGCGAGGAUACCAACUCCUUACACCACGAGGAGUACCCUGACAAUCCUCUACAUCAUCAGAGCUACGUCGACAACCGAUACGUUAAGCUGGUAGACGAUGGGAAAGAAUUUGAUGAGUUCUUUCAACAGGAUGACAUGGCGGAUAGUUUGGACGAAAUACAACAUAUGGACGAUCAAAUAGAAGCAACAUUUAGUCAAUAUUCACCGGAAGACAAUUUUAAAGAAACUAGAAAUGAUAAUGAUGAUCAAUAUUUCGAACCUGAUAAUCCUAUCACUGACAAUUUUAACACUGAUUUAGAAAAUGAUAUCCUCAGUCCAACAAAUGACGCCAUAAGUAGAGAAAUAACAGAAAUACAAGAAGAAACACGUAAAAAAGAUAAAAAGAAAAGUAAAAAAGGAAAAAAGAAAGAGUUUGAGAAGAUAACUCUCACUCUAGAACAGCAGAAGACAGAGUUAGAAAGAAGAAGGAAAGAGAAGAAAUAUAUGGAAGCUGAGUUUAAAUGUUAUAAUUGUGCGUUAGGGUUUUUGUUUAAGGACACUUAUCAAACUCAUAUGAUGAGGCAUGAAGAGUCAAACGGCGAGUACCGCUGUGUGACGUGUACACUCCGCUUCGCCACGCCGGCGGUGUUGCGCGCGCACACGGCGGGCCACAGGGAGCGCUACGAGUGCGCGCGCUGCGCCGCGCAGGUCACGCCGCGCGCGCGCCACACGCAUGCGCGGGCGUGCUACCCCGGCAGGACGGACAGCGUCGCCUGUCAUCUGUGCGGCGGAAUGUUCGCCGACGGCAGCGCUCUCCAGCAGCAUCUGAAGCGAUUCCACCAGAUGAAAACCAGUACUCGCAGCUACUCUUGCAGUGUCUGCGGCAAGACGUACUCCAACCAGGCGGCUGUCAGAACACAUAUGAUCAAGCACAUAAAUCGGAAGUUCACAUGUUCAGAGUGCGGCUCGAAGUUCAGCAGCCCAUAUACUCUUGCGCAGCACAGCAAGAAGCACAGCACCACCAACAAGAGCUUAGCGCUGCAGCGACCCACCGCGCAACCCAUCCACCAUGACACAUUAGAAUGCCCGAUCUGUUCACGCACGUACCUCGGACAGAAGGCUUUAAAAGCGCAUAUCAAGAGACAUACAGAUCCUCGGCCGUCCGCCCCCCGCGCGCCGCCCAAAGUGGCUGUCUGUCACCUCUGUGGAAAACGAUUUCAGGGUAACAACAAGCUGAACCGACAUUUGAAACAAGUAUGCGAGAAAGCGAAACUUGAAGAGGAAUUCGCCAAUCUAUACGAGCAGCAUUGUAUAAAUCCGGGAUAAUAUUAGGAUAUGGUAACACCCCUAGCAAUAUCCCGUUUUUCACAGGGUCCGCUUACCUAAUCUGAAGAUUUGACAGGUCCGGUUUUUUUACAGAAGCGACUGCCUGUCUGACCUUCCAACCCGCGAAGGGAAAACCAGCCCAAUACAGGUUAGGUUACACACCUCCGAAAACGCAUUUCUCGGGAAUGUGAUUUUCCUCGCGAUAUUUUCUUGUGUACACCCUGCAAGGCAAAUAUCAAGUAUCGACUAAUCGAAAUUUUGAACUUUUAGUUAAAGAUUUAUUUACAGUUUUAAUGAUUUUUAUAUAUGUGACAAGUAAUAGAAAUUAAAUAUUUAUUUUAAUAAUUAAAUACAUUUAUUCUUAUGUAACUCCCCUCCUGAAAUAUAAAAAAUAUACUCACAUUCACUUUUUUGACAAAUUGAACUGUUAGUUUCACUAAAUGUCAAAUAUGUUAGUGCUACAGAGUCCUAAAGUAGGUACAUUAUAUUGCUUUUUUUUUAAUAAUGGCUUCGCAACGCAUUUAGCCAAAUACAAGAAAUGAAAGUUAGGGAAACGUGGAUAUGGAAAGGAAAUACGGUAAUAAAAUGGAGGGAAACAGGAUUGGAAUUUGGGAUAUUCUAGUUAGAUAUAUACAUGUUAUUUACAAUUACAUAUUUACAAAUACAUGCUUUUAUAAAUUAAUAUCAUUUUUAUCAAUAUAUAGGGCAAUAGUUUUAUAUACAAUAGAACAAUUUAAAUAAAUUAUAUUGCUCAUGACUGUACACCUUUUGUAUACUGCCAUGAUUUGGCUCGCCAACACACCAUCACUCUGUACAGGCAGACCGUCCUGCAUUGACUGACUGUUUGGCUUGCUCUGUAUUCAGAAGACGUAUGCGCCCGAGACAAGGAUAGCAAUAUCAAUACACUAAAAUACUACUAAUACUUAUUAAAAUAUUUUAGUUUUAUUCCGUCUCAAAACUUAUGAACACACGAGGUAUAACUUAUCCUGCAAAUAUUUAAAUACAGUUUUAAUGAUUUUUAUAUACGUGACAAAUAUUAGUAAUUAAAUACAUUAGUCAGUAAUUCACUUAAUUUUCAAUAAUAAAAUUCGCGUCCUUGGAAUGUUGGAGAUACCACUUGAAUGGUAACACUUACGUCAUCAAUGGGCUAGCAAUGGCGGCUUGUCAUUGGAUUGA